AUGGAUUUCGAUUCAAGUUUCAGAGAGGAUUACCCUUUUCUCUCGACCCUUCUUGCUGAUGAUCCCUUUAAUAAUUAUGAGUUUGAAAAUGGGUUUUCCUCUCUUCUUGAUAAUUCAUUGCUUCCUUGUUCAAACAAGGGUUUGUUUCACAACCCUCACCACCAGCUUGAGCUUAAUCAAGACUCAUUGGUGAACCCUCAAAAUUUUAACCAAUUUUCUAUCGAAAGUUCACCGGAAAAUCUUUUCUUGGGGGUUUCGAAACCGAGUUUCGUUCCCUUCGAGGUUCAUACAAAUGUUUUUUCAGCUGAUCCUGUUGUUGACUGCGCUCCUUUGAUGCAAAAUGCUGCCAAUGGGGCCUUGCAUGGCUCAGAAAGAAACCCCUUUUGGGCUGAGCCUGUGCCGGAAACUCAGAUUCAUCAGCCUAUCAAUAUUCAAGAGUUUGAAUCAACCGCUGCUUGGCUUCCAGAUGAACUCUCGUCAAUAACUAGUGAUCAAAACCCAACGUAUCACCAGAACGUUGAUCAGAAAAGGGACAAAAGGAUAGAACCCAGAAGAAGAGGCAAACCUCCGAAGAAGCACAACCUAAUCAAAGGCCAAUGGACUGAUGAAGAGGACCAGAAGCUGGUGCUGCUCGUACACCAAUUUGGUACAAAAAAAUGGUCUCAAAUUGCCAAGAUGCUGAAUAGGAGAGUGGGAAAGCAGUGUAGAGAAAGGUGGUUCAACCAUUUGAGGCCUGAUAUCAAGAAAGAUGCCUGGAGUGAGGAUGAAGACAUCAUACUCAUUGAAUCACACAAGCAAUUAGGGAACAGGUGGGCGGAGAUUGCUCGCCGAUUGCCAGGUCGAAGUGAGAACACGAUAAAGAAUCAUUGGAAUGCUACCAAAAGAAAAAAUCAAUCGAAGAGAAAGAGCAAGGACUCCACUUCCAAAAGCACCCUCUUGCAGAACUACAUCAAGACUGUCACUUGUCCAACUUCAAUCAUCAAAAAGGACAAGGGAAAAAAACCCAGUAAUGAAACUAACAUAGAACAAGUGGUUAGUGACGUUGUCAUGCAAACUCCACAAAUCCCUCAGGUGGAAAGCUCAGGUUUCACCUCAGCUGCAGCAGAUUGGCAAGUCCCCGCAGCAGCGGCUUAUGAACAAAAUGAACCUAUGGGAUAUUAUCCGUUUGAUGCUAGCAUAUUAAGCGAUGGAUACAACUUUGGUUCGAUACUCGAUGAGGUUGCUUGUCGGCCAAUGGUUGGCGAGAGCAACAGUGAUUUUCAGAUGCCAGUGGAAAUAGAUAGCUUCUCGCUGGAGGAUCAGCUGAGAAGGGAGAUGGAGAUGAUGGAGAUGCUGUAUGAAGGCCUUGCAGGAUAAGUAAUUUGACCUGUCUGAGGAAAUAUUCCGAAGUGUCCAUGCAUGAUAUACUUUUCAAUGCUUUUUCAAUAGGAUUUGGUAGGAAAAUGAGGAUACAAUGGUAGAGAUAUCAUUUUCUUUGUGACCUAGGCAAUGUUUGCUGUUCUUAUUAUUGUUGAGAUGCUUAUGUAUCCUUAAACUUUUUAUUUUCAAUUAAAAGUCUGAACUUAUUGUUAUGAUCAA